AUGUGUAGUCAAGAAGAAGACGAAGAUUGUUCUUGUGUAUUCAAUUCAAUCAUUAAAAAGAAUGAAAGACUAUCCUAUUGUAUUAAAUGUCAAUCACAAUCAUCUGUAUUAAUAAGAAAAGAUGAUCCAUCUUUAUGCAAAUCAUGUUUUAUUCAUCAUUGUUUACAUAAAAUCAAUAUGAUAUUUGGAAAAUAUAAACUAACAACUACUCAAAUGAAUAAUAGUAGUAAUAAUAAUAAUAAUAAUAUGGCUAUAGCAUAUUCUGGUGGUCAAAAUUCAUCUACUUUAUUAAACUUAAUCAUACAAAUAAUGUAA